AUGGAUGAGAAGGGUAUGCAUUCCCCAAUGAAUGUAAUGACAUCCACUGUAUCAGAUAGAGAUACAGCUAGUCCGGUUCAAAUGGUAGACGAUAAAGACUUAUCAAAUCUGUUUAUAGCUGCCACUUUGCCAAAAAGUGAAGAUGAAAAUUUAUCAAGCCAAACAAGACGAAGACGACCUAGAACAUUGAUGGUGAGAACACGCACUACCGGAUCGUACGGUCAGCCACCAGUUCCACCAGUAAGGGCCGCGAGAGACCGGGGCCGUGGUAGAGGCCGGGGCCGAGGAAGAGGUCGAGGUAUAGCUCGUGCAGCAGUUGGAGCAGGUUCCGGAUACAGUCGAGCCGGCGGGACCGGUUUAGGCACCAGCUACACCUAUUGUGAUUCCAGGCCUUCAGGAGGAUCUGUCCCAUAUAUUGACAGUUUGUACUAG